GAAGUAGUAAACAUGGCGGCGAAGUAAGAAAAAUGUAAUUUGCAGAACAAUAACUACAGUUCUAAAUCCGUAAAGAUAAAAUGACGAUACAGUUAUGACCACGAGAUGGUUUCAACAUCUCUGGGUUCAGGGAAACCGCUUAUUUCAUUAUAAUGCGUUAGGAAGGGUUAGAAAAUUUGGAGAAAGAAGACUGUUGUGUAAUUUUUCUGCUGCUGUUGAAGACUCCUGUACAAAAACAAACGUAAAUACGAAGAAAAAAGGAAAGACUAAAAGGCAAGAGGUUAAUAUAACACUUGAUUUGACAGAAGAACAGUCUCAGGGCAUCUUAAAUGAGCUGAACACAAGAACACUGGAACAGUUGACAAACACUAAAAAUAUUGGUAAAAACAAAGCAGAGGCAUUAGUCAAUUACAGAGAUGAACAGGGACCUUUGACGAGUCUGUUACAACUCAAAGAUGUCAAGGGAUUUGGAAAAGGGUUCUUUAGCUGGCUUGAGGAAAACGGGGAAUUGCCAGCUACGACAAAAAAGUUUUCUAGACAGCAUGACGUGCUGAAUACUCUUGUUAAUGAGGACCAGAAAAACAAUAUCCAGGAUAUCGUAUCAAUAGACAUUGGGUUACAGAAUGCCGCAUGGAUCCAUAUGGACAGGAAGUGUAAUGUACUUGCCUGGCGGCAGGCAUACAUCUCUAAACCAAAACCGUAUAACCCUGCACUAUUGAAGCCACAGAUCCAGACAUUUGUUGACUCUCUUCCCAAAACAGAUGCAUAUAUUGUAGAAAUGCAAAGCCACAGAGUUGGUAAACAUGCUGUUGCUCUCCUUCCAUUUGUCCUCCACCUUCGCAUCAUGGAAGCAAUGAUUCACUGCCUACUGCCGCCUCCAGUAAUCCCCCUCGAUCCCCACUACACGUCCAAAUACUUUGGCCUUCCUACUGGGCAUGCUCAAAAAAAGAAGGCUGCUGUCAGCUUAGUACAGAGUUUAUUUCUCGAACGACAAGAACUUGCUAUUGAAGAAGAGUGUGAAAGCUUUUUAAAGGAAAAAUCUGGUUUGCAAGGGAGUGAAAUGAUUGUAGAAGGAUUAGUUAGGAACCCUAUGUCAUCUGAUGCAAAGGACAGACAGACAAGCGAAGAUGGGGAACUAGUUGUUCCAAAUUCAACAUGCCCGAAUUUCAAACUUCAAAUUUCAGCAGAAUUGAUUGAGUAUUUUCAGUCUUGUAAGAAGAAGGAUGACUUGAGUGAUUCCCUUUUACAGGCAUUGGCAUUUUUUAAUUUAUUGUCAGAGAGUGAAAACUAAGCAUGAUUUUUAGCCUCCUGGCAGAUUAGACAGAUCUCUCUAUUCUAACUGUUCUUUCUCCUGGUUUGUUCUAUUGUGGGCUUCCUGUGGUAUGUCAUCCUCUCUCCCCAAUCUAUCCUCCCUCCUUUAUCACACAGGGUUCUGAUGUACCAAAAAGGAAAAGAAUGGCCUCUUCUCUGAUGUAAUAUCUAAUGAUAAUCCACUGCUGAUGUCACAGGGCGAUACUAAGUUGGUGUACAUUUUUUUUAAAGAGGCACUUGGAUGAAAAUCAAUGAAAAUCGGAAAUGACUUGAAACUUGUUUAAACUUAUCUAUAUGGCCCAGAUAGUAGCCAAGCAACAUAUUUCCUUCACAGUAAAAAAUGGUGGAUAAAAAUUAUCAAUUUUAUUCAGCAUCUAAAUUGUGAGUAAAUGACGUCAUUCACUCAACCCUAUUGUUCUUUUAGCUUUAAACCCAAAAUAUCGCAACAGCGAGUGGYUCCCAGGCUAAAAUUUUCACUAAUCUGAUUUUCAUAAUUAUAAUUGAGUCAUAUUACCCUUGAAUACUUCAAUUAUUCGGACUUUCAAAAAUUGGGGCGAUUUCAUCCAAGUGCUCCUUUAAAACCGAUACCAAAUUAAAUUUACACCAACCAUAAUUUUGUAUGUUAAGUUCAAUGGACCUCCUAAUCAGUAGGCUAUCUUGAAAAUAUACUGUAAAAUUUUUCAAUAUAAGCUGGCGGCCGCAGGAGCUCUGGUGAUCGUUUUGAAGUUAAUACCAGCUAAUUUGUCUUUUCUAUAAAAUACCUUCAGUCUG